AUGAGGAAUUACUUCUGGCUAGAUUUUCACCAGCUGAAUAACAUAUACAGAUACAAAACAGAAGAGUAUUCCCACACAGCUGUGAACAAGUUUAAUGUCAUUCCGGAUUCCAUUCCUGAUUGGGUGUUUGAUUUCAUGCCAUGCCGAGGAGGCUACUUUCUUGGCAACGUCAGCCCAGCUAUGAUGGAUUUCCGGUGGUUUGCCCUUGGCAAUUGCAUUGCCAUUGUAUCAUCUCUGGCAACCCCUGAACAGUCAGUUGCUAUAAUGGAUCUGAUCGAGGAAAAGUGGGAUGAGCUAGUUGGUGAGAUGCCUCUGAAGAUAUGCUAUCCUGCCCUCGAGAAUCAUGAGUGGAGAAUUAUCACUGGAUGUGACCCCAAGAACACCCGGUGGAGUUACCACAAUGGAGGAUCAUGGCCAGUUCUUCUAUGGCUGCUGACAGCAGCCUGUAUCAAGACUGGUCGGCCACAGAUGGCAAAACGUGCCAUUGAGCUCGCUGAGUCGAGGCUGCUCAAGGACGGCUGGCCCGAGUACUAUGAUGGCAAGCUAGGAAGAUUCGUUGGUAAGCAGGCCAGGAAGUUCCAAACCUGGUCCAUUGCAGGUUACCUCGUCGCCCGCAUGAUGCUGGAGGACCCAUCGACACUGAUGAUGAUCUCCAUGGAGGAGGACCGGCCUGUGAAGCCGACCAUGAGGCGGUCAGCAUCAUGGAAUGCCUGA